GCAAGAUAUUUCCUCUCCUUGCUGACUCCAGGCCGUCCGGGCUGCCCAUUUCGUGUCUUUGCAUCGCAUCCUUCUGAUCUAUACUGGCGAAGGGAUCAAUUGGUAUUCCAAUAGUCAAUCAUCGUGUCGUUUUAGUACUGUCUCGUUCAAGGUGUUAUUCAAUCGCGUUACCUAGGUAACUUUGGUUGGCGUGCCUUUAUUCGCACAAGGUACAUUCCUACGUCACAGCUCAGCUAGCUUCCCCUCUUCCAACAGGCCUCACUCAGGUACCUCAGCCAGUGACAAAGACCCCAGAUUCACGCUCUGCCGAGCCUGCCCACCAUGGAGUCCUUUGCCACUCUCAAGCGUCGCACCACCGAGGUGCUACAGACCGUGCCGCAGGCACUACCCAAGAAGUUUCCUAACAUGCCGAACAUGCCCAACAUGCCAAAUAUGCCAAACAUGCCUAAUAUGCCCAGCAUGACCAAUAUGCCAAAUAUGCCGAGCAUGCCCAAAGUUAGCCUGCCGUCCAUGUCAUCCAUCCCCGGCAUGGGCGGCGCGCCCGCGGACAGGAACGCCAUUAAGGCCAGCUGGGAGCGCAUCUCGAUGGAUUCGCUCCCGCGGUCCAAUCACACGAUCGACGUCGUCGGCAACACAGCCUACAUCUUUGGCGGCGACACAUCGUCCCGCGGCGGCCAGGUCACCAAUGACAUGCACGCCGUCAUCCUGCCCAUGAGCGGCGCAAGCGCAGACUACUACACCAUCAAGGCCGUAGCCGCCCCCGUGGCUGUCGAGCACGCGCCGCAGGAGGAGGGCGUCACUCUUCCGGCACAGGAGAUGGCGAAGACAAGCAAGGAGAAGGACCUCACAGAGAUUUCCCUCACGUCCCCAACAACGGCUACCGCGCCAGAGUUGCCCAUCAUCAACGAGCCAGUCCCCGACGACGCUGUCUCCGCCGCGGGCGAAGAAGCUGAAGAGCAGCCUCCUGUACCACCCAGCCCCAGUAGGAUGGAUAAGGGGAAAGCCCCCGCCGGCCCUGCACCUCCAGCAGACAAGGUCCCGCCCGCCCGGGCAGGUCAUGCAUCAGCCGUGAUCGGCAGCCGCAUAUUCAUCUUUGGUGGAUCCGACAUCGACAGCAAAACUCCCUUGGACGAACGUGGCCGCGUCUGGGCAUUCGACACAAGGACGCACGACUGGACCGCCCUGGACCCCAAGCCGCCAGCGCUCCCCGCCCCUCUGACCCCGCUCACGCUCAGUACCGUCGCGCACCCGACCUACCCCUCCCCCAGGAUACAGCACUGCGCCACGGCGACCGACAGGCCAGGGAAGCCGGGCGAGCACGGCCACAGCAGGCGCGAAGGCGGCGGCAGCUGGGGCUUCAACAAGCACGCCGGCCGACGGCCGAGCAACUGGCGAGAGUGGGUCGAGGGCGACAGCGCCGAAGUGGGAACGCCGCAGGCACCUAUCGUAGGCAAAAUCGCCGCGGCGGCCGUGGACGAGGAGACCGACGGGUACGGCACCUUUUUCGUGCACGGCGGCGUGCUCGCCGACGGCACCCGGACCAACGACGUCUGGGCCUUUGACGUGCAUUCGCGAGUCUGGCAGCAGCUUCCCGACGCACCCGGCGCGGGAAUCGCAGGCGCCGCCAUCUGCGUCAGCAGGUCCCGGCUGUACAGGUUCGGCGGGGACAUUGCGGCGCUCGAGUACCUGGUGCUCGGCCUGGACACGUUUGACGACAAGUCGGCGCUGGGCGAGGAGGUUAGCGUCACGGCCCGCAGCGGCUCGUGGAGGUCGCUCGGCGAAGAAUCGGACCACACUGCCGAGGACGCCACGCAGCACCCCUCUCCGGGCCCCCGGGUCGCACACGGCAUGCGCGUCGUCGCGACCGGCGGCGGCCGAGAGUACAUCGUCGUCCUCCUGGGCGAGGGCCCCGAGGCCGGCCAGUUCUACGACGACGCCUGGGCCUACCAGGUCCCCGCGCAAGGCAUGACCACCGCCUCCGCCAUUGACAGGUUCAGCAAGGUGCUGCGCCGCAAGUCGGGCGAGGGCAGGUGGUACCGCGUCCAGGCCCGGGCUUUUGACGAGGAUGACGUACGUGCCGCCUCGGGCCCGGGGCCUAGAGGCUGGGCAGGCGUCGCCGGGUUUGCGGACGAGAAUGCCAUUGUCGUCUGGGGCGGUGUCGACGAGGCCGGGAGGAAGUUGGGAGAUGGAUGGAUUCUGAGGCUGGACUAGAUUCGUCCUGGCCCCAUGUUGGCAUUUCUUUUGCGAGCCUGCGAGCGGAUUUGCGUGGUUUCUUGGGGGUUGUAUCACGCCCGUACUUUCAAUGUGACGAUGGGCAACAGCCCAUAUGUAUGAUUUUACUUGUCGGAUGUUCCUAUAGCUUGGAUAUUAUGGAAGCUUAUAAACUACAAGCAGAUUCUGGACCCAUCCGUCUUAAAGCACGUGCGAACAUUCAAA